AUGAGGACCGGUAAGAUGCCCCCCAUAUCAACCAUUCUAUGUAACAUUGAUGAUGUUGACCGGAGCAUCAGUCAAAUCAGGACUUCCCAUGCCUGACAAUCCAAAUCUGUAAAACUCCACCAUGAGGUCACCAGCUGGCCUCGGGUUAACCACGCUUUCACUCUCAGCCUCGAUCUCCCCAUCGGUAUUAUGGGACAUAAUAAUACUGACUUGCUGUUACAGUAGGCUUUCAAUAUUUAUUUAUUUAUUUAUUUAUUUACUCAUUGCAUUUAUAUCCCACCUUUUUCUCCAUGGAGGUCAAGGUGGCUUCUAUGGCUCUUCCUAAUUUAAUCCUCACAACAUCCCUGCGAGGCAGAUUAGGCUCAGAGUGAGUGACUGGCCCAAGACCACCCAGGGAGCCACAUGAUGAGGCUAGAUUUGAAGGCUGGUCUCCCAUUUCCUAGUCUAGGAACUCAGGCUACUACCCUGAAAGUGCUCUUCCAAUGCUCAAAACAAAAUGUCCAUGAAAUUAAGGUUUCUGUUUUGUACAAGAAGUCCUCUCAAAUAAUGACAAUUUACUCCCCUCUCUUUUGCACAGAUUUACUUCCAUUUUGUAGAGUCUUGGGAGGAUAUUGCCAGGCCCCAAGGACUGUGAACUGUCCCUUUGGAGAGAAUACAUUGGGCUUCUGUGGCCCUCAUGCACGCUGCUGUAGGAGUAAGUGAUACCCAUGAGUUGGUGGUCCCACUCACUUGUGAACGUUCAUUCAUUUUCAAUCCUGAUUUCCUGAUUCUUGUUUCACAGGAGGAAGCAGAAGCAGGGCUUUCCUUGUGCUAAAGGAAAUAGUCACGGGUCAGUUUAUGGAUCAGAGUAGCUGAUGAUACACACAGGGCAUAUUAAUUCUAUAUUUAGAAGCACAAAGUUAGAUUCAGUUCUGAUGCAGCACUUCUAGGUUCUGCAUCUUCUUUUAAGCAUUAGGGCCUCAAGGUUUUCAUCUGUCCACAGGGAAUUUUGAUACCACAGGUGUUCAUAUGGAUGCAAACUGUGCAGGCUGCACUUGCUAUGGGCAUGAAAACUGGCAGUUCUGAUCUAACUCUCCAAAAUUUUAAGAUAGUGCUCAGUAAGUGAAGAUGAGUCAGUUGUCUGCUGCUGCUGAAAGAACGCAAGUAUGAUUUGGCCACAAAGAGUACUGCUUAAUCCUCACCAGACCUCACCUGAAGUGGAAGAAUACACCAUAAAAUACAGAAGAAUAGGAGCAAGGAACCUUAUGGUCCCAAAGGACCUGAACCAGGGGUGCAUCCAUCACCAAGGAAUACUAGGAAGGCCAAGAUGGUGAUAGAAAUUGCUUUAUUUUAGAAAUCUUAGAGAAAUAAAUAGAUUUCUCAUCUCCAGCAACUGCAAUCUGAGGAUGGAGAUGAGAAAUCAUUUCAUAGAUCCAUUCUUGUCUGUGGGCAGUUCUGAACCCAGAUUUUAAGAAGGCAAACUACUGAUUUGAGUGUCUCCCAAGGCAGUUGAAAUUUAAGCCUCUGAAAACUUGUUUUUGUUUUGUUUUUGCAAUAGAGAAAAAGACGCAGGAAAUGAAUGAAUGAAUGAAUGAUGUCCCUCCAAACUCGACCAUACUAUGUAAAAUUGAUGAUGUUGACCGGCUUUUUAGCAAACCACGCUUUCACUCUGAGCCUCGAUCUCUCCAUCAGUAUUAUGGGACAUAAUAAUACUGACUUGCUGUUACAGAAGGCUUUGAAUAUUUAUUAACUCAUUGCAUUCAUAUCCCACCUUUUUCUCCAUGGAGCUCAAGGUGCCUUCUGUGGUUCUUGCUAAUUUAAUCCUCACAACCUGAGAGGCCCAAGGCCACUCUGUGAGCCUCAUGAUGAGGCUGGAUUUGAAGGCUGGUCUCCCAUUUCCUAGUCCAGGAACUCAGGCUCUCAUACUUGGAAGUGUUCUUCCAAUACUCAAAACAAAACAUCAGUCAAACAAAUGUUUAUGUUUUGCACAAGGAGUUCUUUCAAAUAAUGAAAAUCUACUUCCCUCUCUUUUGCACAGAUGAAACUACAUUGUGUACAGUCUUGGGAGGAUUUUGCCAGGGCCCAAUCACUGUGAACUGUACCUUUGGAGAGAUUACAAACGUCUCCUGUGGCCCUAAUGCACGCUGCUGUAGGAGUAAGUGAUACCCAUGAUUGGUCCCACUCACAUGUGAAUGUUCACUCAUUUUUAAUCCUGAUUUCCUGAUCUACACUCUACAUCUUCACUGGAGGAAGCAGGGCUAUAUUUUUGCUAAAGGAAAUAAUCACUGAACAGUUUGUGGAUCAGAGUAGCUGAUAAUACGCUCAGGGCAUAUUAAUUCUAUUUUUAGAAGUAAAAAGUUGGAUUCAGUCUUGAUGCAGCACUUCUAGGUUCUGCAUCUUCUUUUAAGCAACAAAGAUUCCCACUUCAUUCUGCACUCACCAGAACUCACCUGAAGUACAAAAAAUAAUGUUGACCGGAGCAUCAGUCAAAUCAGGACUUCCCAUGCCUGACAAUCCAAGUCUGUGAGACUCCACCAUGAGCUCACCAGCUGGCCUACUGAUAACCACACUUUCACUCUCAGCCUCGAUCUCCCCAUCGACAUUAUGGGACAUAGUAAUACUGACUUGCUGUUACAGAAGGGCUUUGAAUAUUUGUUUGUUUGUUUGUUUGUUUAUUGCAUUUAUGUCCCACCUUUUCCCCCAUGGAGCUCAAGGUGCCUUCUGUGGUUCUUCCUAAUUUACUCCUCACAACAACCCUGUGAGGCAGAUCAGGCUAAAAGUGAGUGACUGGCCCAAGGCCACUCUGUGAGCCUCAUGGUGAGGCUGGAUUUGAAGGCUGGUCUCCCAUUUCCUAGUCCAGGACCUCAGGCUCUCAUACUUGAAAGUGCUCUUCCAAUGCUCAAAACAAAACGCCCGUCAAAUUAACGUUUCUGUAUUGCACAAGAUGUUCUCUCAAAUGAUGAAAAUCAACUUCCCUCUCUUUUGCACAGAUGAACCUCCAUUGUGUACACUCUUGGGAGGAUUUUGCCUGGCCCCAAGGACUGAGAACUGUACCUACGAAGAGAUUACAAACGUCUCCUGUGGCCCUAAUGCACGCUGCUGUAGGAGUAAGUGAUACCCAUGAGUUGGUCCCCCUCACAUGUGAACGUUUGCUCAUUUUUAAUCCUGAUUUCCUGAUUUACACUCUGCAUCUUCACUGGAGGAAGCCGAAGCAGGGCUUUUCUUGUGCUAAAGGGAAUAGUGGUCAAUCACUUUAUAAAUCAGGACAUAUUAACCCUAUUUUUAGAUGUCUAAAUUUGGAUUCAGUUUUGAUGCAGCACUUCUAGGUUCUGCAUCUUCUUUUAAGCAUUGGAGCCUCAAGGUUUUCCUCUGUGCACAGGGAAUUUUGAUACCACAGAUAUUUCAUAUGAGUACAAACUGUGCAGGCUGCACUUCCCAUGGGCAGUAACAACUGGUGGCUCUUAUCUAACUUUCCAAAAUGUUAAGACAACACUCAGUACAUGAGGAUGAACCAGCCGUCUGCUGCUGAAAGAACGCAUAUGUGAUUUGGCAACAAAGAGUCCCACUUCAUUCUGCACUCACCAGACUUCACCUGAAGUACCAAAGUACAUCACAAUAUCCAGCAGAACCGGAGCUAGAAACCUCAUGGUCCCUAAGGACCUGAACCAGGGAGGAAUUCUUGAAUGCCAACAAGGUGAUAGUUACAGGUAGGUAGCCUUGUUGGUCUGCCGUAGUCAAAAGAAAAUAAAAAAAAUUCCUUCCAGUAGCACCUUAGAGACCAACUAAGUUUGUUAUUGGUAUGAGCUUCCGUGUGCAUGCACACUUCUUCAGAUCCACACAAUAGUGAUCGUUCAUUCUGCCUCUUAGAAAUACUGGAGAAAUGAAUUGAAAAGCAACUGCAAUCUGAGGCUGGAGAUGAGAAAUAAUUUAAUAGAUCUAUUCUAGCCUGUGGCCAGUUCUGAACCCACAUUUUAAAAAGGAAAACGACUGAUUUGACGGUCUCCUAAGUCAAGAGACCAGAAGGGUACAAGAUUUGAAAGCUGUUUGUUUUGAAGAACAUUGGAGGAGCUCAGCAUGUUUAGCCUGGAGAAGAGAAGGUUAAUUUGAGGGAGAGACAUGAUUGCAGCCUCUAAAUAUUUGCACAGCUGCCAUGUGGAAGUUGUUCCAGAGGACAGGACGAGAACCAAAGGGGUGGAAAUGAGAGAGAAGCAGGUUUUGAGAGACAAUCUGUGAGGGAUCCUGUUCUUGAAGAUCCUGCAUUGAACAAGGGUUGGACUAGUUGAUCUCCAGGUCAUUUUUGGCUCUCCAUCCAGCUGUUAACUCACUGAACUUUCUGCUAAUAAAUCACUUUUUAGUAGGAUUAUUUUCUUCUCCAGAUCUUCUUUUCUUUUCUAAAAAACCACACAAACUAAUUUUUAUUUAGGAAGGUUUAUUUAUUACUUCAAUUUUUAUCCUGCUCUUCUUCCCAAAGGAGACUUGGAAACAGAUAUUUCUAAUCACUUCAUAUAGAAAUAUUCAUAUUAAACUAUUUUUAAUUAUGUUAUUUAUUUGAUUUAUAUACCACCCUUCAUCAAAAGAUCCCAGGGUGGUUUACGAGAUAAACACAAAAGAUAAAAGCACAGAUCUAUAAGGACAAAAAAUUGAAAAGCGAUUUUUGUUGCAUGCCUUUUCUGAUUAUAAAUUUCAGACCAGGGGCUGUUUCUCUUCUUUUUACAAAUUGCUAUCUGCAACUCCCGGUGAACUGUUACUUUGUUUUUGUUGUUCAUUUUUUGCAAAAGAGAUCAAAAUACAAUAGAUAAAUAAGGUCCCUCUAAAUACACCCAUUCUGUCAAAAAAUCAUGUAAUUCAGUCAAAUUAAGACUUUCUUCUCCAUCCCUGUCCAUCUAAAUCAGUGACCAUCUUGCUGUCCACGACAAGGUGUCUGUUGGGUUCUGUGCUAUGGCAAGGCUAGGGAAAAUUGGGGCAAGAGGAGACAAGGUGCAGGCUGCCCUCUGAGGAAUACAGCUCUAUAGCUGCUCCAUCAAGGAACAAGCUGAAUUGGGGGCUUUAUGUUGUAGCAGCAGCAGCCGAAUAGAAAAACAAUGCGGUGUAGGAGUUAGAGUGCUGGAGGAGGACCUGGCAGAUCAGGGUUCUAGUCCCCACUUGGCCAAGAAGCUCACCUUGGGCCAGUCACUGCUUCUCAACCUAAUCUACCUAACAGGGUACUUAUGAAGAUAAAAUGGAGCCAAGAGAGUUAUAUACACCAUGUGGAGCUCCUUGGAAGAAAAGUGCAAUAUAAAUAUCAGAAUAAAAGAUAAAAUAAGAGUUAGAACCACCUUUCCUGCAAGAUGCUGUGUCAAUUUGAGGGUCCAGCCUUUGCCAUCACCUCCUACCUCAAUGGAGUGUGGGAUCCUCAGGUCUCCCUGGGUCUUUGUGUGGUGGAGUCCUCAGAGUCAGUGGCUGCCAGUGGCCCAUCCUGACAUCCAGGAUGGGUCAGAGGAUGUCAGCAGUGAUGUUCCUCUGAGAGCUCUUCUGGGGCUGGGCCUGCAUGUCCUCUUCCUUUCUGCUACAGAUUCCUUAAAUGUUCCAUUGAAUCCUUCCAACACUACAAUUCUAUGAUCCUCCCUCAUCUCCUGAAGGUGAGCAAUCCGACUCCAGGCUCAUGAAAGUGCCAUCAAUUAUAGAUUUCUUUCUUUCUUUUAUGCAGGAUAAUUAUCAAUGUAAGAGGAAAUGGGGGUUCUGCCAGGAGGAACUCACCAAAUGCUGCCCGCCUGGUCUAACUCUUCCGGCUUACUGUGGCUUCAGUGCACAAUGAUGUGCCCUUGAGUGACAUCAGUGAGCAGCCCACAUCCAUGGUUGAGAAUGUCUGAUUGCUACGCUGAUUCUUCUGGAUCUUUGCUUGUGGAAGUGGGCCUGAUCAAUCCAUUUGUGAAGCAAGCAAUGAAACAAAGAUCAGUCUGUUCAGAUGAUCAUCUAAUUAAACACAUAUUAACCUGCAAAUUCGAAAUUGUAUUUUUUUCAUUUUUUAAAAAAGCAUCUAUGAUUAAAUAUGACCCUCCUCCUGUGGAAGUGCAUCAUAUCUGCCCAAGAGCCCUCUUGACUGAAGUUCUCAUCCCUGUGUCCCAGGAGGAGAUAACUGCAGCCAGUGCUUUCCAUGCACCCAGGCAGAGCUUGGGUUUCGCUGGCCAGUUGGUUAUGUGAACACGGGUGGGAUAGGCUGAACUCAACCCAAACUGGAGCCAUGACCUAACUGGAGCUGAUUAUUCAGGAGCCACUGCCUUGUGGGUGCCCAUAGGUCAUUGAGAGUGGUAUUUAAUGCUGCUGAAUGCACAUCAGGUUUAUUGAUUUCUAUGGGUGUACUCUUAGUGGGACUCGGAAUUUUCUGAAGGGGUGUUUUCUGGAAUUUUGAGAAUGAAAGAAGGAACUCAGGGAGGUGCCAGGGAGGAGGUGGGAUUGAAGAGUCGGGAAGGGCGAUUGCUGCCUAGUGAUCAAGAUCCCAGAUUCAAUCACUGAUCUGGGUCUUUCUUUUCAACUUUAAUUUACAUACAUUAAUUCAUAACAUAGCCAAGUAUAAAAUAAAAUAGAAGCAGAAAAGAAAAUUUAAAGUUCAACACAUAGGAACACAUAUCCAUGCCACUUUCAAUUUAUUUGUUUAGACAUUUCUAUCCCACCUUUCCCCAAAGAAUUCAAGGCAAUGUACAUCAUUUUCUCCCAUGAGCCCAUGUCUCCCAGGUUUUGAGCAAUACCACGCUUGUGCCCUUAGUUCCUUUGUCACCACUACCUAAAAGGCCCUCUGCCUACUUCCCUGUAACCUCUCCUCUCCUAAUGAAGGAACCGCUGUUUAUGUUAGGAAACCAGGUUGGGGCAGGGGGCACUGAAAUGGACUGAGGAGGGGUUUUUUGGUGGGGGCGGGGAGGUAGUGUCAGUGGCUACCUUGAGUGGGCUCAGCUCAUCCUCAUGCUGCUUAUAAUUUCCUAUCCCUCUCCCUUUGGCUUCAACCCACACAGAAUAAACCAGGGCUUGUGGGAAUUGCAGUUCAUGGAUGAUGGGAAUAGUAGUCCAACAACAAUCGGAGGGUCACAGGUCCACUAUGCCUAAUGUCAAGUCAAGAUUGCUUAUUCAUCAACAGUUCUGAUUCAACUGGGACAUCCCGGAAUUACAGAAGCUAUCCCAGUUUCUGAUUGGAUGUCUUGGUUUUUGUGCUGAGCUUCCUUGCCAGUCAUCUGGCUCUUGUGAGAGCUCAGCACCCAAAGACAAAUGUCUUUGGCAAAAAAAAAAAAGGCAGCUGCGCUUUAGUCCAUUGAAGCAGAGGAGGAGGGGGAGCUGCUGGUGAUGCAAGUCAGGCUGCACCCACUGGGCCCAGUUGCCAUGCUUCCUCUGACCAAUGCUGCCCCCACUGGAGGAGGAGGAGACAACAACAACAGGGGGCUGAAGAUGGCAAGCCCCAGCUCAUUUAUCCGGAGGUAUGGCACUGAAAGACUCAAAUCCCAAGUUUAAUUGGCAGAAUGUUGGAGGAUCUGAGAUUUUGUUAUCUAACAAUCCAUCCAGGUUCCCUGUGCUAAUACUUGGAUGUCUGGCAGAAAUUCCAGUAAAAUGGGCAAACCUCAGGUGUGUCAUAGUUUAGAAACACUGAUGAUAUGUACUGAGUUGAAUAGGAUCUAAAAGGCAGCAGUCUGAUUGGUCCUAGAACAAUAGGGUCCAGAAUGCAGCAGUCUGAUUGGUCCUAGAACAAUGCAGCAGUAUGAUUGGUCCGCAGGAGCCACCCAAUCCAGCUCCAGGUGGAAGUUAAUCCACAACCUGAUUGGCCUACAGGAGAAUCCCAGAAUUAGCCAAUCACGUGCGGCCCAUUGUGUAAAUAAUGUAUCUAAAGCAGAUAUUUGGGGAAACUUUCAUUCCUCACUACUAUGAGCUGAAUAAAGAGCAUGAAAUCCACACUCGACUCCGAGUAUAUUUCAACUGAACAGAACAGAAACCUGGAUUCCAGAAACAGCUGAACCAACCGUUUGCCAAAUUUACUUCCAGAUCUUCUGUUAUGGUUGCUCGUGCACAGAGACAUUGGAGGACAGCCAAUGCUAGCCCUACUCAUGAUAUUCUAUAAAUUGGGCAAAGUCGGUAUUGCUUCAUAUAAGUAACAGUGACUUUAUUUAUUCAGCUAAGAACUAUCAGUUCCAUAUUUGCACAGGGUCAAUUAGAUAUUUAGGUAUAAUCAUACCAAUGGAUAUUACCGAAUUAUUAGCAUGUGAUUCAAACAAAGUAAUCCAUAAGUUUUCUUUUCAUAUUAAUAGAUGGGAGUCAUUUAACCUGCCCUUAUGCGGAAGGGUUAAUACUCUCAAAGAACAUUAUUCCCAGAAUAAUCUACAGUGGGAGUAGAAUUCCAGGUCAUAUGACUGGUAAAUAUUUCCAUAAAAGGAAUUCCUUAAUUAGGAAAUGUCUAUGGGGUUCUGCAACUGCAAGAAUAUCCUUGCUAAAAAUGCAAUUAUCAAUUAAAAAAUGAGGAAUUGGCAUUCAAGAAGGAUAUUGGCCAGAGGAGCAGAGGAGGGCUGUCAAAUGAUCAAGGCUCUGGAGACCAGGCCUUAUGUGGAAGACGGCUGAAGGAGUUGAGUAUGUUGAGCCUGCAAAUGAGGAGACUGAGAGGAGAUAGAAUCAUAGAAUCAUAGAAUCAUAGAGUUGGAAGAGACCACAAGGGCCAUCGAGUCCAACCCCCUGCCAAGCAGGAAACACCAUCAGAGCACUCCUGACAUAUGGUUGUCAAGCCUCUGCUUAAAGACCUCCAAAGAAGGAGACUCCACCACACUCCUUGGCAGCAAAUUCCACUGUUGAACAGCUCUUACUGUCAGGAAGUUCUUCCUAAUGUUUAGGUGGAAUCUUCUUUCUUGUAGUUUGGAUCCAUUGCUCCGUGUCCGCUUCUCUGGAGCAGCAGAAAACAACCUUUCUCCCUCCUCUAUGUGACAUCCUUUUAUAUAUUUGAACAUGGCUAUCAUAUCACCCCUUAACCUCCUCUUCUCCAGGCUAAACAUGCCCAGCUCCCUUAGCCAUUCCUCAUAAGGCAUCGUUUCCAGGCCUUUGACCAUUUUGGUUGCCCUCCUCUGGACACGUUCCAGUUUGUCAGUGUCCUUCUUGAACUGUGGUGCCCAGAACUGGACACAGUACUCCAGGUGAGGUCUGACCAGAGCAGAAUACAGUGGCACUAUUACUUCCCUUGAUCUAGAUGCUAUACUCCUAUUGAUGCAGCCCAGAAUUGCAUUGGCUUUUUAGCUGCCGCGUCACACUGUUGGCUUAUGUCAAGUUUGUGGUCAACCAAGACUCCUAGAUCCUUUUCACAUGUACUGCUCUCAAGCCAGGUGUCCCCAUCUUGUAUUUGUGCCUCUCAUUUUUUUGCCCAAGUGCAAUACUUUACAUUUCUCCCUGUUAAAAUUCAUCUUGUUUGUUUUGGCCCAGUUCUUUAAUCUGUCAAGGUCGUUUUGAAGUGUGAUCCUGUCCUCUGGGGUGUUAGCCACCCCUCCCAGUUUGGUGUCAUCUGCAAAUUUGAUCAGGAUGCCCUUGAGUCCAUCAUCCAAGUCAUUGAUAAAGAUGUUGAAUAAGACCGGGCCCAAGACAGAACCCUGUGGCACCCCACUAGUCACUCUUCUCCAGGAUGAAGAGGAACCAUUGAUGAGCACCCUUUGGGUUCGGUCAGUCAGCCAGUUACAAAUCCACUGAGUGGUAGCAUAGUCAAGACCGCAUUUUACCAGCUUCUUUACAAGAAUAUCAUGGGGCACCUUGUCAAAUGCCUUGCUGAAAUCUAGGUAGGCUACAUCCACUGCGUUCCCUUCAUCUACCAGGCUUGUAAUUCUGUCAAAAAACGAGAUCAGGUUAGUCUGACAUGACUUAUUUUUCAGAAAUCCAUGCUGACUAUUGGUGAUCACAGAUUCCUUAAUUAGGAAAUGUCUAUGGGGUUCUGCAACUGCAAGAAUAUCCUUGCUAAAAAUGCAAUUAUCAAUUAAAAAAUGAGGAAUUGGCAUUCAAGAAGGAUAUUGGCCAGAGGAGCAGAGGAGGGCUGUCAAAUGAUCAAGGCUCUGGAGACCAGGCCUUAUGUGGAAGACGGCUGAAGGAGUUGGGUAUGUUGAGCCUGCAAAUGAGGAGACUGAGAGGAGAUAUGAUAGCCAUCUUCAAAUAUCACAAGGGCUGUCACUUUGAAGAGAGAGCAAGCUUGUUUUCUCAUGCCUUGCAGGGUAGGACUCUAACCAAUCGGUUCAAGUUAAAAGAAAAGGGAUUAGAUAUAUGGGGGAAAAAUAAUGAAAGAAACAUCUGUUCAACAGUGGAGCGGUCUCCCUCAGGAGGUUGUGGACGCUCCUUCCUUGGAGGUUUUUAAGCAGAGGUUGGGUGGCCAUCUGUCAGGGAUGCUUUAGCUGAGAUUCCUGCAUUGCAGGGGGAUGGAGUAGAUGACCCUCAGGGUCCCUUCCAAUUCUCUGAUUCUAUAAUUCUAUCAAUAUAUAAAGAAACCUUAUUAGGUACUUUGUUUAUAUUCCAUAUGGCUAGUUGGGUAAUAUCCUUUGGUAUGAUUAUACCUAAAUAUCUAAUUGAUUCUCUGCAAAUAUGGAACUGAUAAUUCUUAGCUGAAUCAAUAAAGUCACCUUUACUUCCAGGAAGCAAUUCCGACUUUGCCCAAUUUAUAGAAUAUCAAGAAGUUUGACCAAAAUGAUCUACCAUUUGCAUCAAUCUUGGAAAAGAAGUCAUGGAGAAAGGAAAUGAAAUUUACUGCUCCUUUUACACUUAUAGAAAAUCAUUUUAAAAUGAGGUGCAGGUGGUAUUGAAUGCCAAAUAAACUGGCCAAGAUGUAUAAAAAUGUGUGAAGUAAAUGUUGGAAAUGUAAGCAAAUAGAUGGCUCAUUCCUUUAUAUGUGGUGGACAUGCAAAAAAGCUCCAGGUUUUGGGGAAAAAAUAUAUAAUGAAAUGAAGAAAAUGUUGAAAUGGGCUAUUCCCAAAAAGCCUGAAACUAUUUAUGUAUAGUAGCUAGAAUAUUAUAUGCCCAGAAAUUAAGAGAUCACAAUGAUGAAUGGAAGAAUGGAACAAGGAGGUUCUCUCUACUUAAAAAAACGAUGCUGAAACACAUAUUUGUGCAUCUGAGUGGGAAAUGCUGCAAGCAGGUAUUUCCUGCAGCUCUCAGCAUCUGAACCCUCCAGGCCAUUUUUUCUUAACUCACCCUAGGCAAUUUAUUCAUCUUGCAGACCAUCCCAAGAUUUAUCUGCAGAACAAUCUUUCUCAUCCUGUUCUCCUUCCAUACCAAUUAACAGAUUUCCCGUCAUCUCACAAAAGCUGUUCCCAACUUCAUGGCGCCUGGAUAGAAAGGAAGUGGAAUUUCGGGUAACAGCUUGGCCAUAGUGCAGUUUGAUGCAACCUGUUUUGGUUGGACUGUUCAGUUCGACUGCAGUUGCCAUACCUGCCAAGACAGAAACGUUUCAGUUUGCUUUUCCCCUGGUCUGCACAUUUUUAGAUGCAUUUUGCUUAACAUGCUUGAUAUUGUGAUGCAUAUAGUUUUAUGUCCAUUGCCCCCAUUAUAUGCUUCCUCCCCCAGCACCCACAUAAAUUAAUGACUUGAUCCCAUCCUUCCAAAAAUAUAAACAAGAAGAACAACAAAUCUAUAAAAAAACCCAACACCCCCAAAAUGUGUGGAGAAACCUGUUAGUAGAAAGAUUUUUAAAAUUGUUUUGAUUAAUUGUACUCUGUUUUUCAGCCAAAAGGCUUCCAGAGUUACUUAUGUACAAUUUAAAAAGCAAAAAACUAAAAAACUAAACAUGGCACACAAGCGGAAAAGGAAAGGAAGGGAAGAGGAAAAUAAAAACCAGAACUCCUUCCCAGUUUCUAGACAAUCCUGGCCUGCUGGCCCAGUUCAAUACCAGUGUAUGCCUAGGUAUUAUCAAAAUGUAUACGUACUGUUUCACUAAAGGACUUUUGACUUUGUGCCCUUUGCCUGCCCCACAACCUCCUGCCCCACGGACUCGCCCAGUGCCCGCCCACGGUAUUUCUCACUUAACAUUCAUCAUUAAAUGGGGGAAUGCAGCUUGUGGAAUUCAUAGCAUGUGCUCUAGGCACGUUUUUGAAGAAAUGGAAAAUUAAAAUCGCGUGCUGAAAAACGCCAGUAGUUAGUCAAAGAAAAUGCCGACAAUUAACGACAAUAAACAUUUUUUAAAUGAUUUCUCUAAAUGAAUUUGAACAGUAAGUGAUGAAAAUAAAAUGCGCCGUUGUGAAUGACAAGUGCUGCUGCUGGCGCGGCGCGACUUUGAGCAGAAAGUCAAAAGUCCUUUAGUGAAACAGUAGGUAUGCAUUUGAUAAUACCUAGGUAUAUAUGUAUUUUGUUUUUCUAGCUUGAUCAAAAUUAUUUCUUAUUUCGUAACAUGUAGAUACCGUAUUUUUCGCUCUAUAGGAUGCACUUUUUCCCCUUCAAAAAUGAAGGGGAAAUGUGUGUGCGUCCUAUGGAGCGAAGAUGCCAUAGCCCCGCGACCCUCUCCCGGCUGGAGAGGUGACGCGCGGCUAUGGCAGGAGCCUCUACAGCCCCGCGUCACCUCUCCAGCCGGGAGAGCGCGCGCAGGGCCAAAGCAGCCCCGCGACCCUCUCCCGGCUGGAGAGGUGACGCGCAGCUAUGGCAGGAGCCUCUAUAGCCGCACGUCACCUCCCCAGCCGGGAGAGCGCGCGGGGCUAAAGAAGCCAUAGCCCUGCGACCCUCUCCCGGCUGGAGAGGUGACGCGCGGCCAUGGCAGGAGCCUCUCCGCUGCGCCUUUCGCUGCUCCUGACCUGCUCUUUGGGGCUGGUGGUGGGCUUCCCCACCAGCCCCAAAGAGCAGGUCGAAGGAACCUGAAGCCUGGAGAGCGAGAGGGGUCAGUGCACACCGACCCCUCUCGCUCUCCAGGCUUCCAAAGUAGCCGCCUGAACGCACUUUAAACGGCACCUUGUUUUAGAGCGGGAAAACAAGAGGGGGGAAAGUUCUCCCCCUCUCUGUGCAGCGCCUCCUGCUGCUUCACUGAAGGGGCGCUGGGCAGAGAGGGGGAAAAAAAUUUUCUUGUUCUCCCCCCUCUAAAACAAAGUGUGUCCUAUUGUCCGGUGCGUCCUAUGGUGCGAAAAAUACGGUAGUUAAGAGCUUAGGCAGCUUCGUCCCUGCAUCCCUUGCACCCCCAGGUAAAGACAGCCCAGGCCCUGUCAGAUGGUUUUUCCAUAUGUUUAUCCACAAUCUCCUUUCUUGUAACUUGAAUCAAUUGGUUUGAGUCCUGCCCCCCGAGGCAGGAGAAAACAAGCUUCUUCCCUCUUCCAUGUGACAGCGCUUGAGAUAUUUGAAGAUGGCUAUCACAUCUCCUCUCAGUCUCCUCUAUUUCAGGCCGAACAGAAUAAAAGUCUGCUCAUGCGACACUGAAUUUAUUUUAUUGAUAAGAAAUACAUUGGAAAGCAAACAACUCCUCACAGCACUUGAUUUAUAACACAAAACACAACUACUUUAUAGUAGGAUGAUAGAACACCCCAAAAAUAUGAAACAAAGAAGCUGCAUAAGAACCUGCAAAGGAGCCUUUUUUGAAGGAAUGGGUUUCCCAAACCUAAACCUGACUGUGCAGUCAGUCUGAAACAGGCCCCAAAAUCCCCAUUUUUCCUUCCCCAAGGGUCCAUUAGCUAAAAUCCAUUAACUUGAGGAGUUGAGCUCAUUUAUAACAGGAACCCAGCUGUAUAAACAAAGCCCUCUCCUUUAUCAGUACGUGACGCUUAAUGGAUGGACUUGUCAGUUCCGAAGUGGAGACGGGACAGCAGAGCUGGGGCUUAUCUUAUCUUAUCUUGCGGGUUGUAAAUAUCCUGACACACUGAUGCACAGGCCUUGCAAGACACCCCUGCACUCAGGGAUGGUGCCAGGAGUGCUCUUAGAGUUGGUGACCUUCUUACCCCAAGAUAAAGAAUACAGGAACAGGAACAUCCUUUUAUGGUCAAGAGUACAGGAACAGGAACAACUGUUUAUGGUCAUGGAUGUCAACUUCUGUGGAUAAGCUGACGUGGCUGGAGUCCUGGGGAGGGGGCAAGGGGACCAGAAAGGAUAUAUAAGCUGUGUGUAACCGCUCCUUAAGCGCUCUUGCUGUGAACUGACCACGCAAGUGCCUUUCUGCUGCUCCGGAGAGCAGAAAUACAGAACUCUUUCUCUGAACCAUCCUCGGUUUCUUUCGACUCUUUCCUCCCUCUUUGGAAGCAACGCUCACCCAACCAAUCGGGACACUCUAAUAAGGCUACAUUUUGAUACUAUACUACACUGAAAUGUCUAAAUGUUUCUUUGAUUGUCCUUGAAUCUGCCAGCCACACAUGCCAUCCUUUCCUGACACACCAGUGUGGCACAACACAUCACUCCUUUGAGAACCACUGAUAUAGAUGUUAAAUGGCAAAGGGGGCAGAAUCUGUUGCUCAUCUUGUGGUCUACUGCAAGUGAAAGGUGGCAGGGAAAUGUGAGUGUAUCUGUUGGGCAGAGAUAUCCUGCUUUGGAGCUCAGAAACCAACUUCAAGCAUCCUCACAUUUCAGGACUGACAAAGCAUGGCAACUUGAAAGGUCAAGCUUGAAUCUUACUUCCUUCCGGUCAUUAGUUUGUGGGUCUCCCUGAUCCUGAGCCAGAUCCAGGCUUGUCAUAUAAACUGCUCCAUGUGCUUAAAUCUGUCCUCUAGGUGAGUAUUGCAGCCUCUCCAUUUGCAACAACCAUAGACAGUGCAAGAGAGAAAUCCUGCUAUACCUUCCAGUCCCUAAAACCCACUGCUCCACACACCCAUCAGAAGAAAAGAGCCAUGCUGUUAUGCAACAAACAUCCUAGAUGAUCCUUUCAUGCAAGCAGUGCAGGAAAGAUGGAGCUCCUAAUGGACCACUCCACCAGACUGUCUCUUAGGGAGAGAUAGGAAGCAGGGCUCAAGGCAUCUGCUUUUGCUGGAGGCCAAGCUGAAUCAGGCACCUCCUCGGCCUGAACUGGGCCAGCUGACCAUGAUUGUCUAGAAAUUGGCAAGGAGUUCUGGUUUUUGUUUUCCUCUUCCCUUCCUGUCCUUUUCCACUUGUGUGCCAUGUUUGGUUUUUUGGUUUUUAAAUUGUACAUAAGCCACUCUGGGAGCCUUUUGGCUGAAAAGCAGAGUAAAACUGAUCAAAACAAUUUUAAAAUGUUUCUACUAACAGGUUUCUCCUCACUUUUUUGGAGUGCUGGAUUUUUUUAAAAUAGAUUUGUUGUUCUUGUUUAUAUUUUUGGAACGAUGGGAUCAAGUCAUUAAUUUAUGUGGUUGUUUGGGGGAGAAUGGGGGCAUAAAAUGUACAUAAAACUGCAUGCAAUACAAAAAACAAGCCUGUUAAGCAAAACGCUUAUUGUUUAGAAAUUGGUAAGGAGAUCUGGUUUUCGUUUUCAUCUUCCUUUCUUCUACUUUUCCGCUUGUGUGCCCUGUUUUGUUUUGGUUUUUAAAUUGUAUGUUAGUUACUCUGGGGGCUUUUUGGCUGAAAAGCAGAGUAAAGGUAAAGGGACCCCUGACCAUUAGGUCCAGUCGUGGCCGACUCUGGGGUUGAGGCGCUUAUCUCACUUUAUUGGCCGAGGGAGCCAGCAUACAGCUUCUGGGUCAUGUGGCCAGCAUGACUAAGCCGCUUCUGGCUAACCAGAGCAGCACACGGAAACACCGUUUACCUUCCCACCAGAGAGGUACCUAUUUAUCUACUUGCACUUUGACAUGCUUUCAAACUGCUAGGUUGGCAGGAGCAGGGACCGAGUAAUGGGAGCUCACCCUGUCGUGGGGAUCCGAACUGCCAACCUUCGGAUUGGCAAGUCCUAGGCUUUGGGGUUUAACCCACAGCGCCACCCACUUCCCUUUGAAAAGCAGAGUACAACUGAUAUAAAGAAUUUAAACAAUGUUUCUACCAACAGGUUUCUCCUCUCACCUUCUGGGUGUUGUUCGUUUGUGUUUAUAACUUAUGAAUUAUGGGAAAAGGUAAUUAAUUUAUGUGGGGGGGAGCAGAUAAUGGGGGCAAUGGACAUAAAACUAUAUGUAUCACAAUAACAAGCAUGUUAAGCAAAAUGCAUCUAAAAAUGUGCAGAUCAGGGGAAAAGCAAACUGAAACAUUUCUUUCUUGGAAGGUAUAGCAAGUGCAGUUGAACUGAAGAGUCCAACCAAAAGAGGUUGCAUCAAACUGCAUUAGGGCCAAGCUGUUACCCAAAAUUCCACUUCUUUUCUAUCCAGGCGCCAUGAAGUUGGGAGCAGCUUUUGUGAGAUGACAGGAAAUCUGUUAAUUGAUAUGGAAGGAGAACAGGAUGAGAAAGAUUGUUCUGCAGAUAAACCUUGGGAUGGUCUGCAAAAUAAAUAAAUUGCCUAGGAUGAGUUAGGAAAAAAUGGCCCGGAUGGUUCAGAUGCUGACAAUUGCAGGAAAUACCUGCUUUGCAGCGUUUCCCACUCAGAUGCACAAAUGUGUGUUUCAGCAUCUUUUUGGCACGGCAACACUAUAAGUAGAGGGAACCUCCUUGUUCCAUCCAAACUUGACUUCAUUCUGCCUUAGAGUGCCUUGCCUUUGGCAGAGAGCUCAGAAGAAACUGCAGCCAUGAGGUUUCUUCACCUGAGCUUUGCUCUGGUUUUCAUCAUCUUCCACAUUGUUGCAGGUAAGAGGGCAGUUCAAGCUCAGGUGAGGGAGAGCAUCUGCUGCAAAUGCAGAAGGUCUCAGGUUCAAUCCUAGGUAUUUCCCCGGCCGGAAACCCUGAAAAACUGCUAUGUCAGUGUAGACCAUUCUCUCUUUUGUGUAGUAUAAUUCUUUAUUAUUAUUUUUUCAAACACAUACACAAGUUUCUAUAUUACAGUUAUUUUAGCAUUUUUCCACCACUGCUUUUUUCCUGCCCAUGAUUUCAUUUGACUAUCGACUAUCUCUUUUUCCCCCCAAAAUAAUUUUUAUUAACAGGCCAAUCAAAUCACAUUAAUCCCAAAUCACAUUAAUUCCAAAUUACACAGUCAAUUUUUAAAAAAAAUUUGGGGGUACCCAUACUUCGAGCUCAGAAAGGGAUCCAAACAUCUCUCUUGCUGCUGCUUUGAUGUACACAGUUCUGUCAAAAUAGUAUUCACAGUUCUGUUCAAUCUUCUCUUUUGUUAUUUUCCUCAUCUUCUUGUUGUUAUCAUAUAUUCCUUUCUUUGUGAUCUCUGGUAGUCUCCACAAGCGGGUUGAAAACAAAAGUUAUUAUAUCCUGUGUGGAUUUUACACUCCUCCAAGAGCCAUAUCAAAAUAGACAGACGCCAUUUCUGUACCUCCGUACAAAACAUUCCCAAAGUCUGUCCGUUAAUUUCCACAGGCCUGCCAGUCUCUCCUCAAUUUUCUCAGGGGGCUCUGCCAGGUCAAACUCACAGUCCGAUAUAAUAACCAACCAUGGUCCUCCUCCCCCUCGAUCGUCCUGUGGCCAGGCCUGCCAUAACAAAUCUCUUUUUAACUGCGUCACAAAGAGCUUCCAUUCCUUUCCCGAUGUUCCCACAAGCCAUGUCUUUGAUUAGUAAUUUAUUUCCACACAGUUCUUAAUUAUCCUGCUUGUAAUCAGUAAUUGCAACGAUUCUUUCUUGGGGGGGGGUUAUUAGGUACUCACAUAAGAUAAAAAAAGAAAAGUUCCCCCCCCUUUCCAGUCCCGCUCCGACAUACCGAUCCUUUGAUGAAUCUUCUUCUUGAUUUAUGAGUCCAGCCUGUCACUCCACUUCACAGAGAUCACUUUAAUUAGCAGUCUUAUCUCCCGAUCUUCACUCGAAAUAUGUGCAUUUGCUUCUCUCUAAUUGUUUAUUUUGAGCUCCUGCAACCAGACGCGCAAUCAGUGACAGCUUCAGGGAGAGCCGUCUCGCACAAGGGCUGUGUGCCUAGUGCCCUCACCCCCUUCUUUCGAAUCUGGGGGUGAUUUAUGGCAACCGCAGGCAAGGCAGUGUUCCCCAUUCCCUUGGGGUAACAAGGGAGGCUGCAUAAUCCCAUAUCAGCCUCUUAAUUACUUCGUGUGAGCCGGAGAGAUGGAAUUGUCGACCAUCUUCCAAUGCGCCCCUAGCGGCCCCCCGACUAUCGACUAUCUCAACUGGCUGCUUAAAAAGCGGUUGUUGAGGAGGAAAAUAUUUAACUACGUAUUUAAUAAUGAAAUUGAAUUCAAAUACAUGACUUUUGCAAAAGCAGCAAUGUUCAGGAUGCAACCUUAGCGACCAGGAAAGUUCCAUGGUGGUCAUUUAUAUUGCUUGGAAAAGUUUAGAAAGGUUAGUGUCCAUGAUCCCCAAGUCCUUCCUAAUUCCAGAGGUCCUGGAUCUAUGAAGAGUAAAAAUCUGAUGAAGGAUUCCAUUGUAGACCUAACCCAGCAAGUUUCUUUGUUAAAGAAUGCCCACAGUUGCCACCUCAGGAUCCCAUGAGCAUAGCCAAUGAAGAGAUGGUCCCACUGGGCAAAUUGGUGGGCCUUACACUCUUCUCACCUGGCUGGGAGCCGAGAAAGACUAUAGCCAGCACAGUUGGGUGUGAGCUGAGCUAGACACAUUGGCAACACUACUGGAAAGAUUACAGAAAAUACCAUUCUCAGAGAGGGAACAAAUCGCAAGGUAUUUCUGAAGCUCAGAACAGCUGUAAUUCUGAUUAGCAGAUGUUGAAAACAAAGGGGAACCUUCAGUAGAAUGGAAUAAAGGCUGACUCAGUCACCAGUUAUGUGGUUCUGUUGGUGCAUUAUCUGCCCAUUUUCCUCCCCUUCCAUUGUUGUUGUUUAGUCGUUUAGUCGUGUCCGACUCUUCGUGACCCCAUGGACCAGAGCACGCCAGGCACUUCUGUCCUCCACUGCCUCCCUCAGUUUGGCCAAAUUCAUGCUGGUAGCUUCAAGAACACCAUCCAACCAUCUCAUUCUCUGUCGUCCCCUUCUCCUUGUGCCCUCCAUCUUUCCCAACAUCAGGGUCUUUUCCAGGGAGUCUUCUCUUCUCAUGAGGUGGCCAAAGUAUUGGAGCCUCAGCUUCACGAUCUGUCCUUCCAGUGAGCACUCAGGGCUGAUUUCCUUAAGAAUGGAUACGUUUGAUCUUCUUGCAGUCCAUGGGACUCUCAAGAGUCUCCUCCAGCACCAAUCUUACAUUCCAGGUUCCUAUGCAAUAUUUUUCUUUACAGCAUUGGACUUUCCUUUCGCUUCCAUGCAUAUCCACAACUGAGCGUCCUUUCGGCUUUGGCCCAGCCGCUUCAUCAGCUCUGGAUCUACUUGUACUUGUCCUCCGCUCUUCCCCAGUAGCAUGUUGGACACCUUCCGACCUGAGGGCUCAUCUUCCAGCGUCAUAACUUUUAUAUGCCUGUCUUUGUCCAUGGAGUUUUCUUGGCAGGGAUACUGGAGUGGCUUGCCGGUUCCUACUCCAGGUGGAUCACGUUUGGUCAAAACUCUCCACUAUGACCUGUUCAUCUUGGGUGCCCUGCUCGGCAUAGUUCAUAGCUUCUCUGAGUUCUUCAAGCCCCUUCGCCACGGCAAGGCAGUGAUCCAUGAAGGGGUCCCUUUCCAUUAGCAACCUGAAAUUUAGGUGGCAGCUGUGCUGAAAAGAUCCCAGGAGCAGUAAUCAUCAUCAUCAUAAUAAUUUUAUGAUUUAUACACCACCCAAGUGGCUGGGUGCAGCUAAGUGCCAGCACCCUUACAAGGUUCAGGAAUCAGCUGGAGUGUCUGCAGAGAAGGAGGACCGAUCUGACCCUUGCUAAUGUUGGCCAAUGAAAUAGUAGUUAGCAGGUUGAGAGGCAGCAGAAGCCUGUAAAAGUUGGUCAUCCCAUUAAAUACGCAGGGUUCUAGUUUUGAAAAAAAGUAGUUGGCAACCCCUUUGCCCCCUUUAAACGAAUUUAUUUCCCUUCUCUUUUACACAGGGCAAUUUGGCUGUGAACUAGCAGGAGGAACUUGCCAAUUCCCAGCAACUACAAAAUGUACCUAUGGAGAAAUCGUUUGGGUCUCCUGUGGCGCCAACGCAAUCUGCUGUAGUAGUAAGUGAUAUCCAUUGAGUUGGUCCCACUCACAUAUAAAUGUUUGCUCAUUUUUAAUCCUGAUUUCCUGAUCGACACUCUACAUCUUCACAGGAGGAAGCAGAAGCAGGGCUUUUCUUGUACUAAAGAAAAUAGUCACGGAUCAGUUUCUGGAUCAGAGCCAGGACCUGAACCAGGGGUGCAACCAUCACCAAGGAAUACUAGGAGGGCAAACAUGGUGAUUGUUAUUACUACAUUUUAGAAAUCUUUUAGAAAUGAAUAACUAUUUAAAAAAGCAACUGCAAUACACCCUCAUCUAGAAACAGUGAGGCUGAUGGAUUGCAAGCCUCUCACCCACUUUUGUCAAUAUUGCUAACAUAUAAACAUUAUCAAGGCAGUGAAAAUCAGAGCGCAGAGAGAGAUCGGGGCUCUGGUGAAGUUUUCCUUCUCUAUCACGUGUGUGUGCUUCUGCAUGUGAGAACUUGUUAAGCAAACUCUGAAGAGACAUAUGAUGGUGAAGCACAGUGGCUAAGAGACGGAGACUCCACCAUGAGCUCACCAGCUGGCCUUCAGCAAGCCACUCUCUCACUCUCAGCCUCGGUCUCCCCAUUGGCAUUAUGGGACGUAACAAUACUGAUUUGCUGUUACAGAAGGCUUUGGAUAUUUAUUCUUUCAUUCAUUCAUUCAUUCAUUCAUUCAUUCAUUGCAUUUAUAUCCCACCUUUUCCUCCAUGGAGCUCAAGGUGGCUUCUAUAGUUUAUCCUAAUUUAAUCCUCACAACAUCCCUGCGAGGCAGAUUAGGCUGAGAGUCAGUGAUUGGCUCAAGGCCACCCAGGGAGCCUCAGAAUGAGGGGGGAUUAGAAGGCUGGUCUCCCAUUUCCUAGUCCAGGACCUCAGGCUCUCAUACUUGAAAGUGCUAUUCCACUGCUCUAAACAAAACAGACAUCAAAUUAAUGUUUCUGUUUUGCACAAGACAUCCUCUCAAAUAAUGACAAUUUACUCCCCUCUCUUUCACACAGGGAUACCUUUGGAGUGUCGAAGGGCGGGAGGAUUUUGCCAGACCCCCAAGACUGAGAACUGUGCCUUUGGAGAUAUUCAAGAUGGCUACUGUAGUGAUGAUGAUGCACGCUGCUGCAGUGGUAAGUGGUCCCACUCACGUGUGAAUGUUUGCUCAUUUUCAGUCCUGAUUUCCUGAUCGACACUCUACAUCUUCACAGGAGGAAGCAGAAGCAGGGCUUUGCUUGUACUAAAGAAAAUAGUCACGGAUCAGUUUCUGGAUCAGAAUAGCUGAUAAUAUACUCAGGGCAUAUUAACUCUAUAUUUAGAAGUAAAAUGUUACCGUAUUUUUCGCUCUAUAAGAUGCACUUUUUCCCUCCUAAAAAGUUAGGGAAAAUGUGUGUGCAUCUUAUGGAGUGAAUGCAGGCUGCGCGGCUAAACCAGAAGCCAGAACAGGGAGAGGGAGCGCUGCGCAGCGCUCGGUCUCACUGUUCUAGCUUUGGGCUUAGCUGCGCAAAGCCUCCACAGUGCAGAAGGGUGCCUUCAUCCCGCUGCCCUCCGGAGGCUUCAUCGGCUGUCCCAGAAGCCUGCACAGGACACAAGGAUGAAGGCUCCCAGUGCCCUGCGGAGGCUUCGUGCAAAGCUAGACCAGCUAGAGGGAGCGUUGCGCAGUGCUCCCUCUAGCUAUUCUGGCUUUUGGAUAGGCCCCAUGAAGCUUCCGUAGGGCAGCGGGACGAAGGCUAACUGCUGUCCUGCGGAGGCUUUGCGUGGCUCUUGCGGGAAGUGGGGGGAAGGGACAGAGCGUGCAACUCUGUCCCUUUCCCCACCUUCCAGAAAAGCCCCCAAGAACCGUGCACCCUUUAAAGAGCGCACGGUUCUUGUGGGAGAUGGGGGAAGGUACAGAGGGCAGCUUACCCGCGCACAGCCUCUUCCGGUCAGGUGGAGCCUUCAUCCCGCUGCCCAGGAGAGGCUUCAGCGGCUAUCCCAGAAGCCAGAACAGCAAGAGGCUAUCCCAGAAGCCAGAUGCCUCUUGCUGUUCUGGCUUCUGGGAUUCAGAAUAUUUUUUUCCCUUGUUUCCUCCCCCCCAAACUAGGUGCAUCUUAUCAUCUGGUGCAUCCUAUAGAGCGAAAAAUAGGGUAGAUUCCGUUCUGAUGCAGCACUUCUAGGUUCUGCAUCUUCUUUUAUUCGUCCACAGGGAAUUGUUCAUAUGGAUGCAAACUGUGCAGGCUGCACUUCCCAUGGGCAUGAAAACUGGCAGUUCUGAUCUAACUCUACCAAAUUUUAAGACAGUGCUCAGUAAGUGAAGAUGAGCCAGCAGUCUGCUGCAGCUGAAUGAACGCAAAUGUGAUUUGGCAACAAGGAGUCUCACUUCUUUCUGCACUUUCCAGACCUCACCUGAAGUACAAUAACUGCCCUGAGUCCUCUGGGUAUAGCGCUGAAUAUAAAUCCAAUUGAUAACAAUAAUAAUAAAUACACCAUAAAAUCCAGCAGAACAGGAGCUAGAAACCUCAAGGUCCCAAAGGACCUGAAACAGGGGUGCCACCAUCACCGAGGAAUACUAGGAGGGCAAACAUGGUCAUAGUAAUUGCUGUAUUUUAGAAAUAUUUGAGAAAGGAAGAGCUACCGUAAUUAAAAAGCAACUGAAAUCUUAGGCUGUAGAUGAGAAAUAAUUUAAGAAAUCUGUUCUUGUCUGUGGCCAGUUCUGAAGGCAGGUUUUAAGAAGGCAAAUAAAUGGCCUGAGUAUCUCCCAAGGCAGGUGAGAUGUAAGCCUCUGAAAACUUGUUUUUGUUUGGUUUUUGCAAAAGAGAUAAAAAUGCAGUAAGUAAUUAAACUCGACCAAUUUGUGUAAAAUUAAUAAUGUUGACUGGAGCAUCAGUCAAAUCAGGACUUCCCAUGCCUGACAAUGUAAACCAGUGAGAUUCCACCAUGAGCUCCACAGCUGGCCUUGGGCAAACAAUGCUUUCACUCUUAGCCUCGGUCUCUCCAUCAGUAUUAUGGGACAUAAUAAUACUGACUUGCUGUUACAGAAGGCUUUGAAUAUUUAUUGCAUUUAUAUCCCACCUUUUUCUCCAUGGAGCUCAAGGUGGCUUCUAUGGUUUAUCCUAAUUUAAUCCUCACAACAUCCCUGGGGGCAGAUUAGGCUGAGAGUCAGUGAUUGGCCCAAGGCCACCAAGGGAGCCUCAGAAUGAGGGGGGAUUUGAAGGUUGGUUUCCCAUAUCCUAGUCCAGGACCUCAGGCUCUCAAACUUGAAAGUGCUGUUCAAAUGCUCAAAAGAAAACGUUCAUAAAUUAAUGUUCUUUUUUGCACAGGAAGUCCACUGAAAUAAUGACAAUUUUCUUCCAUCUCCUUUGCUUAGAGGAACCUCCAUUGUGUAGAGCCUUAGGAGGAUUUUGCCAGUUCCCAAUCACUGUGGAGUGUGCCUUUGCAGAGUUUUCAAGGAUCUCCUGUGGCCCUAAUGCACGAUGCUGUUGGAGUAAGUGAUAUCCAUGAGUUGGUCCCACUCAUGUGUGAAUGUUCACACAUGAUCUGACACUAAGUAAAAGCGAAACAAAAGAAGUGCCAUGGUCAGAUCACUUCCUGGUGCAACUGGACUUCUCCACGACCCUUCCCCUCUGCAGGGAGGUGGGACCAAUUCGGAUGGUCUGCCCCCGCCACUUAAUGGAUCCAAAUGGUUUCCAGAGAGUGGUAGGGGAUGUUUUAUCCCAUGUUGAUGGCCUUUCAGCUGAUUCCCUGGUGGCCCGCUGGAAUGCAGAGUUAACCAGGGCUAUCGACUCUCUGGCUCCGAAGCGCCCACUCCGAGCCCGGACAGCCCCGUGGUUUUCUUCGGAGCUGAGGGCAAUGAAAUAAUUGCUGAGACGGCUAGAGCGUCGGUGGCAGAAAACUCAUUCCGAAUCUGACCGGACACAGGUUAGAGCUCAACUUCGAGCCUACCAAGUGGCGACAGCGACGGCGAAGAAGACUUUCUUCACUGCCUCUAUUGCACCUGCAGAAAAUAGUAGCAGGAGACUCUUUCAGGUGGUCCGCAAUUUAACGGAACCACCUUUACCACCAGGACCUUGUAAAGACCCCAAGAUCUCCUGCAACGAUUUUGCAAAGUUUUUUGCAGAUAAAAUCGCUCAUAUUCGGAAGGAGCUAGACACCACCGUGGGAGCAGGGCUGGGGCGGGAGAGUGCUAGAGCCCUGUCUGGUCAAGUUGCAUGGAAUCAAUUUCAAUCCGUUACCCCCGAGGAUGUGGACAGGCUGCUUGGACGCAUGAAACCAACCACCUGUCUCCUUGAUGGUUGCCCAUCCUGGCUAAUAAAAGCAAGCCGGGAAGGGCUGGGCGAUGGGCUCUGCGGGGUGGUGAAUGCGUCCCUCUGUGAGGGAACAUUCCCAGAUCCACUGAAAGAGGUGGUCAUUAAACCGCUUCUUAAAAAAACAUCUUUAGACCCGGCCAGUAUGGCCAACUAUCGCCCAGUCUCAAAUCUUCCAUUCUUGGGCAAGGUGAUUGAGCGAGUGGUUGCUGAACAACUCCAGGCACGCCUGGAGGAUGCGGACCAUUUGGAUCCCUUCCAAUCAGGAUUCAGGCCUCAUCAUGGGACUGAAACUGCCUUGGUCGCGCUGGUUGAUGAUCUCUGGUGAGCUAGGGAGAAGGGUGAGAGUUGUUUCCUAGUUCUGCUGGAUCUCUCAGCGGCCUUUGAUACAAUCGACCAUAACAUCCUUCUGGACCGUCUAGAGAGGCUGGGAGCUGGAGGCACUGUUAUACAGUGGUUUCGCUCCUUCCUCCUGGGCCGUGUUCAGAAAGUGGUGGGGGGGGAUGAGUGUUCAGACCCCUGGGCCCUCACUUGUGGGGUGCCUCAGGGUUCCGUCCUCUCCCCCCAUGCUUUUAACAUCUAUAUGAAGCCGCUGGGAGAGAUCAUCAGGGGGUUUGGACUGGGUGGCCAUCAAUAUGCAGAUGAUACCCAGCUCUACCUCUCUUUCAAAUCAGAACCAGUGAAGGCGGUGAAGGUCCUAUGUGAGUGCCUGGAGGCGGUUGGAGGAUGGAUGGCGGCUAAUGGAUUGAGGUUGAAUCCUGACAAGACAGAAGUACUGUUUUGGGGGGACAGGGGGCGUGCUGGUGUGGAGGACUCCCUGGUCCUGAAUGGGGUAACUGUGCCCCUGAAGGACCAGGUGUGCAGCCUGGGAGUCAUUUUGGACUCACAGCUGUCCAUGGAGGUGCAGGUCAAUUCUGUAUCCAGGGCAGCUGUCUACCAGCUCCACCUGGUACGCAGGCUGAGACCCUACCUGCCCACGGACUGUCUCGCCAGAGUGGUGCAUGCUCUAGUUAUCUCCCGCUUGGACUACUGCAAUGCGCUCUACGUGGGGCUACCUUUGAAGGUGUCCCGGAAACUACAACUAAUCCAGAAUGCGGCAGCUAGACUUGUGACUGGGGGCAGCCGCCGAGACUACAUAACACCGGUCUUGAAAGACCUACAUUGGCUCCCAGUACGUUUCCGAGCACAAUUCAAAGUGCUGGUGUUCACCAUUAAAGCCCUAAACGGCCUCGGCCCAAUAUACCUGAAGAAGCGUCUAGACCCCCAUUGUUCUGCCUGGACGCUGAGGUCCAGCGCCGAGGGCCUUCUGGCGGUUCCUUCAUUGCGAGAAGCAAAGCUACAGGGAACCAGGCAGAGGGCCUUCUCGGUAGUGGCGCCCACCCUGUGGAACGCCCUCCCAUCAGAUGUCAAAGCGAUAAACUACCUGACAUUCAGAAGACAUCUUAAGGCUGUUCAGAGAAGUUUUUAAUGUGUGAUAUUUUAUUGUACUUUUGGUUUCUGUGGAAGCCGCCCAGAUUAUUUAUUAUUAUUAUUUUCAAUCCUGAUUUCCUGCAUCUUCACUGGAGGAAACAGAAGCAGGGCUUUGCUUGUGCUAAAGGAAAUAAUCACUGAUCAGUUUAUGGAUCAGAGUAGCUGAUAAUACACACAGGGCAUAUUAACUCUAUAUUUAGAAGCACAAAGUUGGAUUCAGUUUUGAUGCAGCACUUCUAGGUUCUGCAUCUUCUUUUAAGCAUUAGAGCCUCAAGGUUUUCAUCUGUGCACAGGGAAUUUUGAUACCGCAGAUGUCCAUAUUGGUGUAAACUGUGCAGGCUGCACUUCCCAUGGGCAGUAAAAACUGGCAGCUCUGAUCAAACUCUACAAAAUUUAGAAUGCCAACAAAAUCUAGAAUGCCAGCAAUGGUGAUAGUUAGUGCUGCCUUUUAGAAAUACUGGAGAAAUGAGUUGAAAAAUAACUGCAAUCUGAGGCUGGAGAACAACUAAUUAGAGUGUCUUCCAAGGCUGGUGACCAGAAGGGUACAAGAUUUGAAAGCUGUUUCUUAUGAGGAACAUUGGAGGAGCUCAGCAUGUUUAGCCUGGAGAAGAGAAGGUUAAUUUGGAGGAGAGACAUGAUUGCAGGAUCCAAAUAUUUGCCAGGCUGAGAUGGGGACAUUUUUUCAGAGGACAGGACGAGAACCAAAGGGGUGGAAAUGACAGAGAAGCAGGUUUUGAGGGACAAUCUGUCAGGGAUCUUGUCACUGAAGAUCCUGCAUUGAGUAAGGGUUGGACUAGUUUAUCUCCAGGUCACAUUGGGAUCUCCAUCCAGCUGUUCAUUCACUGAACUUUCUGCUAAUAACCCACAUUUUAGUAUGAUUAGUUCCUUUUACCUCCAAAUGCUACAUCCAUUUAAGGGUCCAGCCUUUGCCAUCACCUCCUACAGCAACGUAGUGGGGGGUCCGCAAGUCUCCCUGCGUUUUCGUGUGGUGGAGUCCUCAGAGUCAGUGGCUGCCAGUGGCCCAUCCUGACAUCCAGGAUGGGCCAAGGGAUGUUGGCACUGAUCUUGCAAAUUCCUGUGAGAACUCUUUUGGGGCUGGGCUUGAAUGUCCUCUUCCUUUCUGCUACAGAUUCCAGCAAUGCAGGGUGGCCUUAAAUGUUCCUUUGUGUCUUUCCAGCACUAUAAUUCUUAUCUCCUGAAGGUGAGGAAUCUGACUCAAGGCUCAUGAAAUUGACAUCAAUUGAUUUCCAUGUUUCUUUGCAAAACAAUCAAUGUAAGAGGAAAUGAAGGGUUCUGCCAGGAGGAACUCAUCAAAUGCAACCCGUCUGGUAUACCUCUUCCGGUUUACUGUGGCUUCAGUGCACAAUGCUGUGCCCUUGAGUGACAUCAGUAAGCAGCCCACAUCCAUGGUUGAGAAUGUCUGAUGGCUACUCUGAUUCUUCUGGAUCUUUGCUUCUGAAAGCAGGCAAUAAAUUAAAGAUUAGUCUGCUCAGAUGAUCUUCUCAUUAAACAGAUUAACCUGAAAUUUCAAAAUGGUCUAUUUUUUCAUUUUUUAAAAAAAGCAUCUCAGACUAAAUAUGACCCACCUCCAGUGGAAGCACAUCAUAUCUGCCCAAGAUCCCUCUUGACAGAGGUCCUCAUCCCAGAGUCCCAGGAGCAGAUAACUGCAGCCAUUGCUUUUUAUGCAUCCAGGCAGUGCUUGGGUAUCGCUGCCCAGCUGGUUAUGUGAACAAGGGUUGGAUAGGCUGAACUCAACCCAGACUGGAGCCAUGACCUAACUGGAGCUGAUUUUUAAGGAGUUAUUUCCUUGUAGGUGCCCAUAGGUCAUUGAGAGUGGUAUUUAAUGCUGCUGAAUGCACACCAGUUUCAUUGAUUUCCAUGGGUGUACUCUGAGAAGGACUAAGAAUUUUCUGAAGGGGGAGUUUCAGGAAUCUCUGAAUUAGAGAAGGAACUUAGGGAGGUGCCAGGGAGUGUGGGAUGGGGGGUAGGGAAGAAAAUGAAGAGUCAGGAGGGCUAUGGUUGCCUAAUGAUCAAGAUCUCAGGUUCAAUCUUGAUCUGGGUCUUUCGUUCUUUUCAUCAAUAAUUAACAUAUAUUAAUUCAUAACAUAGCCAAGUAUAAUUGCAGAUGCGAAGUAAAAUAAAAUACGAGCAGAAAAGGAUAUCUAAAGUUCAACACAUAGGAACACAUAUCCAGACCACUUUCAAUUUAUUUGUUUAGACAAUUCUCUCCCAACUUUUCCCCAAGGUACUCAACGGGAUGUGCAUCAAUUUCUCUCAUGAGCCCAUGUGUCCCAAUGGUGACUAAGAAACUAAGGGCACCAAUACCACGCUGAUGCCCUUAGUUCCUUAAUCACCACUACCUAAAAGGCCCUCUGCCUGCUUCCCUCUAACCUCGCCUCUUGCAAUGAGGGAGGGUCCAGAAGGUCCUUGAAGCUGGACCUCCGUGUCUGGGCUGAAUGAUGGGGGGUAGAGAUGCUCUUACAGGUAUACAUCCACAAUUGGAUCAUUGACUGGUUAGGAAGACUCCAGGGAGGAGAAAGAAAUCAGAAAUGGAAAGGAGAAACAAUGUUAGGAAACCAGGUUGGUGUAGUGGGCAGUGAAAUGUUAUGCUGACAGUUACCGGAUUUGGCACUGCAACUCCUCAAAUUGUGUAACUGUGGAGCCACGUCUCAGCCUUUCUGAACUUUCUGAAUAGCUUAAGAAUGUCAAGGUCAGUCUCACAGUCUGGCACAAUAAAGGAGAAAACCAAGUUCCCUCCACCAAUCCCACGACAGGCAGCCCAGAGGCAGCUUCCUUAAUCUUUCAAACUAGCUAAAUGCCAAAGAAAAAAAUGGGAAAGAGAAAAUUUUCCAAUUCUCCCCUUAUUCUGAGGAAUGGGGACACUUUUUAGCCAAUUCAGAAUGUAGACAGGCAGCACAGGAAAAUUUUUAGCCAAGUCAGUGGAAACAGAGAUUGAAUGAUUCCUCUUCCAUUGUGAUGUCCCAGAGGAGACUAGUCUUCCCUCCCUGGUGGUCCGCUGCCAAAUGGGGAGGUCCUGAUCGUAUUUCCUAGCUUCCCAAAGUGAUAACAAAUAAACAAAUACCCCCUUUUCUACUAAGGAGGGGGAGCAGAAUUGCUUGCAGAAUUUAAAAACUUUUCCGUUCCUUAAAGGUUUCGGUCUUUGCACACCUAUUUUCACCUUGUUCAACAAAGGGGACCGACUUCCAUUUUUAAGUCUCCCUUUUCUUCCCGAUCUUUUCCAAUUUUAUUUUGAAAGUACUUACAUUUCCAAACUCUUUAAUUCUUUUUUAUGAAGGAAUUGGCCGCUUACGGUUGCCAGUCUUGGAGUUUCGCUGCUUUGAAGGAAGCAGUCGUUUCCGCUGUGCCACACCUCCAACCCCACUCACUCUCGGGGCUCUUACGAGCUUACCGGGGAGCCGGGGAGUUGCUGAAAGGCACACGCCGGAACACCAGGUCCUCAGAACAUCUGAUCUAAGGUUUUUUUCCGGGGAACCGUGA